AUGAAAAAGCUGCUCCAAGGCAGACACCAUCAGCAUCUCAAGCUUCUCCAAGGCAAGCACCAUCAUCAUCUCAAGCUGCUCCAAGGCAAGCACCAUCAUCAUCUCAAGCUGCUCCAAGGCAGAUGGGUCCGAACCAAAGUAGCCUACAAAUUGAGAGGAAACUUUGGUCGCAACUAUGAAUACAAAGUAUAUUGA